AACCGUCCCCGGCAGGGGUGCGGGGCCGGGGACGCCGCGGGCCCCGUCGCCUCCCUCACCGCGACCCCGGAUGGAUGCGCGCCCCCCGCCCGCCCGCGCCGGCCCCAGGAGCUCCGGAUUUCAGGAGCAUCCUUCCCGCGCCGGCCCCCGCCGCGACGCGUAGCCGAGGGCAGUGCCCCUCGGAAGGGCACCACGGAGCAAGAUGGAAGAGAAGCGGCGAAAAUACUCCAUCAGCAGCGACAACUCCGACACCACUGACAGUCACACUACAUCUGCCUCAAGAUGCUCCAAACUGCCCAGCAGCACCAAGUCGGGCUGGCCCCGGCAGAACGAAAAGAAGCCCUCAGAGGUUUUCCGGACAGACUUGAUCACAGCGAUGAAGAUCCCAGACUCAUACCAGCUCAGCCCGGAUGACUACUACAUCCUGGCGGAUCCAUGGCGACAAGAAUGGGAGAAAGGUGUGCAGGUGCCCGCCGGGGCAGAGGCCAUUCCAGAGCCCGUGGUGAGGAUCCUCCCGCCGCUGGAAGGCCCCCCUACCCAGGUGUCCCCUAGCAGCUCCGAACUUGGCGAGGGCUCCCAGCCUGAUUGGCCAGGGGGCAGCCGCUAUGACCUGGACGAGAUUGACGCCUACUGGCUGGAGCUCAUCAACUUGGAGCUCAAGGAGAUGGAGAGGCCAGAGCUGGAUGAGCUGACACUGGAGCGCGUGCUGGAGGAGCUGGAGACGCUGUGCCACCAGAAUAUGGCGAGAGCCAUUGAGACGCAGGAGGGGCUGGGCAUCGAGUAUGACGAGGACGUUGUCUGUGACGUGUGCCGCUCUCCCGAGGGCGAAGAUGGCAACGAGAUGGUCUUCUGUGAUAAAUGCAACGUCUGCGUGCACCAGGCCUGCUACGGGAUCCUCAAGGUGCCCACAGGCAGCUGGCUGUGCCGGACGUGUGCCCUGGGUGUCCAGCCAAAGUGCCUGCUCUGCCCCAAGCGAGGAGGAGCCUUGAAGCCCACCAGAAGUGGGACCAAGUGGGUGCACGUCAGCUGCGCUCUGUGGAUUCCUGAGGUCAGCAUCGGCUGCCCCGAGAAGAUGGAGCCCAUCACCAAGAUCUCCCAUAUCCCAGCCAGCCGCUGGGCUCUGUCCUGCAGCCUGUGCAAGGAGUGCACGGGCACCUGCAUCCAGUGUUCCAUGCCUUCCUGCAUUACGGCGUUCCACGUCACAUGCGCCUUUGACCAUGGCCUGGAAAUGCGGACUAUAUUAGCAGACAACGAUGAGGUCAAGUUCAAAUCAUUCUGCCAGGAGCACAGUGACGGGGGCCCAAGGGUUGAGCCCACAUCUGAGCCGGUGGAGCCCAGCUCAGCUGGUGAGGACCUGGAGAAGGUGACCCUCCGCAAGCAGCGGCUGCAGCAGCUGGAGGAAGACUUCUACGAGCUGGUGGAGCCGGCUGAGGUGGCCGAGCGCCUGGACCUGGCCGAGGCGCUGGUCGACUUCAUCUACCAGUACUGGAAGCUGAAGAGGAAAGCCAAUGCCAACCAGCCGCUGCUGACUCCCAAGACUGACGAGGUGGACAACCUGGCCCAGCAGGAGCAGGACGUCCUGUACCGCCGCCUGAAGCUCUUCACACACCUGCGGCAGGACUUGGAGAGGGUUAGAAAUCUGUGCUACAUGGUGACGAGGCGCGAGAGAACGAAACACGCCCUCUGCAAACUCCAGGAGCAGAUAUUCCACCUGCAGAUGAAACUUAUUGAACAGGAUCUGUGUCGAGAGCGGUCUGGGAGAAGAGCAAAGGGCAAGAAGAGCGACUCAAAAAGGAAAGGCCGCGAGGGCCCAAGGGGGAGCCCUGAGAAAAAAGAGAAACUGAAGGCGGGGCCCGACUCAGUCCUGGGGCAGCUGGGCCUGUCCACCUCAUUCCCCAUCGAUGGCACCUUCUUCAACAGCUGGCUGGCACAGUCGGUGCAGAUUACAGCAGAGAACAUGGCCAUGAGCGAGUGGUCACUAAAUAACGGGCACCGUGAGGACCCCGCUCCGGGGCUACUGUCAGAGGAGCUGCUGCAAGACGAGGAGACGCUGCUAAGCUUCAUGCGGGACCCCUCACUCCGCCCCGGCGACCCUGCCAGGAAGGCCCGUGGCCGCACCACCCGCCUACCUGCUAAGAAGAAACCACCACAGGAUGGGCCUGGUUCACGGACCACUCUGGACAAGCCCCCCAAGAAGCCCUGGGGCCAGGAUGCUGGUGGUGGCAAGGGGGGUCAAGGUCAAGGACCACCCAGGAAACCACCACGGCGAACGCCUUCUCACCUGCCGUCCAGUCCUACAGCUGGGGACUGUCCCAUCCCAGCAGCCCCCAGGAGCCCCCCACCGCUGGCCCCUGACACCCCCGAUGAGGCAGCCCCAAUGGCUGCCGACUCGAAUGUCCAAGUGCCUGGCCCAACGGCGAGCCCCAAGCCCUCAGGCCGGCUGCGGCCGGCCCGCGAGAGCAAGGCAACCCGGAGAUCAUCGGGUGCCAGGCCUGAUGCCGGGACAGGACCUCCUCCUGCUGUGGCCGAGAGGCCAAAGGUCAGCCUACACUUUGACCCUGAGACUGAUGGCUUCUUCUCUGAUGGGGAGAUGAGCGACUCAGAUGUGGAGGCGGAGGACGGCGGGGUGCAGCGGGGUCCCCGGGAAGCAGGGGCUGAGGAGGUGGUCCGCAUGGGGGUUUUGGCCUCCUAAAUCACCUCUGGCCCUCUCUCAGGCCCUGCCCUAGUCUCCCCCAUGAGGCCUCAGCCCAGUCACAACUGCCAUUUCCAAUCUGCUGAGUGUCCCAGACCCUCAAGGCUGCCACUCUGUUGUGGUUUUAUUUUUAAUAUAGAGAGAGUUGUGAAUUCCACACUGUUGUCUUUCCUCUGUGCUGGCCUAGGACAUUAGGAUUCCUUCCACAGCUCUGGCUGCAAGGACCAGGCCAGGUCCUGUGCAGCACCCCCGUUGCAGCAGCAUCCCCACCUGUUCCAUGUGGCGUUGCUGGGCUCCCAGCUAGAUGCAGGCAAGGUGGUAAGGAGCUCAGGACGCCAGCCCGCUGCCACUGGGUGACACAGACUGUCGUUUGGGCAUUAUUUCAUGGCAGAUGGGCCAGCCCCACCCUGCCCUUGAAUUCCACUGGAGUCCAUUUGGGGGGUCCUGCUGCACUCCACUGAUCCCCAAGGAAGUAUGUAGUAAGUGAUUCGCAGCCAGAGUCUACUCACUGUCACAAGCACAACGAGCUUAUAUGAGAAAGCACUGAGGGGGCGCAGAGGGCCCCGCUGGUUCCAGGAGAACCACAGCCGUUCCUAUCAACCCACAUCUAAGGCCUGCCUGCCCACCCCGUGACCCUCCACUCCCUUGCUGCUCUGCCCCUGCCAGCGCCCAGCCCUGCAGCUCUGGGAAGGGGUUUCCAGAAUCCUUCCUGAGCUGUGCCACUUACUCAGGGGACGCCCAAGCAGCCAGCCACCAGUGCCAGUGGAGGGCUGCCAGGGAGGGCCAGUGCCCAGAUGGGGGCGUGGGGCUCAGACUAGCCUGCUGCAGAGAAUCCCUCUGGGGCUCCAACUUCCUUUCUUCCUUAGGGGCCAGUCUUGGCCAAAGUCUGGUCACUCCCAGACAGCUGACCAGACCGUUUGCCUUUUCAAGUUUCCCAGUCCUGCUAAGAGAUGAGCUGCUUCCUCGGUUUCCUUUUGGAAACUCUUACUUCCAACUAGCAGUGGGAUCCCGGGGCCCAGGCGGCCAUGCUGGCUGCUGGGGCUGUUUUAAGUCUUGCUGGAGGCUCCUGGUUCCUCUCCCUCCGAGCCUUAACCCCCUUUCCCAGCCGUGCCCUCCCUCUCCGCCACCUACCUGCCUUUCCUACCCCACCCUCUAGGUCCCAGGUAGUUGCCCUGAAGAGUUUUAGUGGAGUGGCCCCAGGGUGAUAGCUCAGGGAACAAACACAAAAGGAAUUCAGUGAAAACAAGGUUUUUUUACAUUUGUGAAUUACUCCUGGGUCACUUCUGCCACUGGUAAAGCCAGAACUUCUCCAACAAGAACCUUGCAAAAGUCCAGUGAAUCAGUCGAAUCAUUCUAUGGAUGCCAAAGAAUAUCUUGACCAUAACACAGCACAGCCUGGACCUAACAACCUGUCACUUGGACUUUUUUUAAUGGAGUUCUUUAGCAACAAAGUACAGAAACAUGCUCAUUGCACACACCCAAGGAGACGAGCCUGAGCUCCUGGAGAGGAUGCCGUUCUGCGACUGCGGGAACCGGAUCGGGGUAGGAUUUCACAUCCCGGACGGGCCGCCGUGAGCUCUCAGAAACUCAGACUCGCGGGGCGCGGGAGGAACAUGCGGCGAAACCAGCAGGGCCAGCGCCUUGACUGCGAGGUUCCCCCCCACGCAGACGCAGAGCGCAAAUCAGUGGGAUGGGGAGCAGCUGACCACUCACCCCCGACUCCAAAACGAUCAAGGUACGACAGUGGCGUUGUCAUCGACACUCAGUUUUAUGUGAAUUUUAGCAAAACGGAAAACAGAGAUAAUGACUUAAGUUCAGGGGAUCGGACAAGUGUGUCCAGUUGGGAUGGACGCAGCCGGCUUCGAGGAUUCUGGGUGUUGGGGUGCCACGAGCUGCCGUGCAGUUUAGUCUGUCUGCCGCCUCGGUGGCAGCGGCCAGGGCAGUGUCCGCAGCAGCGUCCCGACCCCAUUCUGUUUACUGCCUUUGAACAGACCUUCCUUCCCCGUGCUUCGGGUCCCAGCCCUGUCUGUGCUGGAUGCUCAGUCUGACCUCGCAGGAAGCAAAGGGAUGAGCUUAAAAGAACAACCAAACUUUCCUGGGGCGCGGGGGUCGGGGUGCCAGGAAUGGCUCAGGUCCAGUAGACUUAGCACUCGGCCCCUGGCCCCUUCGUCCGUCCCGAGGCCAAGUCUGGGCCCCCUGGAGGCAGGAGAGCAGCAGGGAGGGAGUGCAGUGGGGCUGGCCCAGGCGAGGCAGCCAGCACUCGGGGGGCCUCUGCUCAAGUUGGCCUCUAGAUUCUGACCCUCUUCUCUCUUGGCUCUUGCUUUGAUUGGACUGGAUUGUCCCUGGGGCCGUGUCCUGCACAGAGCCCAGGGGUCUUGUUAGGAUGGCUGGUGGGGGCCCCUUCCCUCCCAGGCCAGGCCCUAACCUUUCCUCAUCGGGCAGCAUCCACCUUUAGGAUGCCCACCAGGCUGCAAGGAGGACCAGGGUGCCGAUUCCCCUCCUUUCCUUUUCACCAUUAGCCACAGCCCCUUCACUCUUUUUCCGGCCUCCUGUCCACUGUGUUGACGGCUUUGCCGCCCCUGAGGGUGAGGUGGGAAGAGAGCAGAAGAAAAGAGGCCUUCCCGGCCCAGAGGCUGGGCAGAGCUUGUACUUGACCACAACGGCCCUCGGUCACUGGCCCUCAGGGAGGGAGAAGCUGCUCUGUGACUCGUUCUGUCUGUCACCCUCAUUUUUCCCAGUCCCAGCUGCCCACGGUCACCUUCCCCUCAUCACAGUGAGAAAAGAUAUUGUCAAGGAAAGUAUUUUUAUGGAUCAUAAAUGUAUUUUACAGCAAAUGAGGAGAAAGGUAGAAGGGUUUAUUUUAUUUUAUUAAAUGAGCUCUGACUUGGUGACAGUGUGUGAGCAUUUGUAAGGAUCUCGGCGUCCUUGGAGACGCCACCCAGGUUUCCACACGGGGGUUGGACUGUUGGUAUGUGAAUGUGUGUGUGCCAGGGCACGUCUCGUGUGUCCGUGUUUACGCGUCUCUGUGUGUGGUGGAUGGGCACACUGUGGGACUUUCUGGGGCAAUUCCUAGAGAACCAACUGCCCAACUCUAACAGACUUUGGCACCAGCUGGACUUGGCGUUUCCUUGCUCACUGCCAGAUGUGGCCAAUCUCUGCCCAUGUCCAAAGCUCUGCAAGAUGGUCUGGAUGCCUGUAGCAAGGCCCUCGGGGAGGCCACUUCCCAUGCCCCUGGCCCUGCUGGCCACAUUGGUCAAAGAGCCAGGGCCGGAGUCCGGGACUUUUGGUUGUUCUUUAGGGCACUUCCUGCCACCUUGUCCCUCAGAUGCACAACACUGUGCUCCACGUCGGCUCGGGGUGGGGAGAUGAUAUGAAUGUCACAGGAGGAGACACCUUCUGUCUUUGUUUCAAAGAAAGUGAUGUGCCAUUUGUUAAUAUACAAGAGAAAUAUUGAAAAUAUAUUGAAAAGAGCAAUCUUAAAUUAUUUUUGGCUUAUGUUGCAAUAUUUAUUUUCUUGUAUUAGAAAAGAUUCCUUUGUAGAGAAAAAAUGUAUUUUUCAUUAACGCAAAGACCUAUUUCUCCUUUUUGUACAUUGUCUGUGUUCGCUACCCUUAAUGAGCAAUAGAAUGUAUGGCCGCCCUGCUGUGGCCAGCGCCCACCGUGCCCUGCAUGACUCUGUGUUGCCGCUGCUACGUAGCUUUCAGCCCCAUCCUGUCCUGCUCACUCAUGGGGCUUUCCAGACCUGGCCCCCACCAGGCCUGUGUCUCAAGGAGCCCUUUGCACUCCUCAUGUGUUGGCAAAUGCAGUUAAUAAAGCAAUGUUUUCUGUG